AUGAUAUUUGGUUUAGGUAGACUAUUUUACGUGAUACUGCUUCUGGUGAAUUCAGUAGCAGUUUUGAGUGAGGAGAGGUUUCUAAGAAGAAUUGGUCUAGGUUCAAAGUCACAGCAACCAGCUUUUGGACAGAAUGAUAACUCUACAAAGUCGAAACUAAUCAAGUUAAUCGGUGCAGUGCAAACGCUGUUAAGGAUCCCAUUGAUUGGAAUAAACAUCCUGGUAAUCUUAUAUGAAUUAGUAUUGGGAUAA